CGCGAGAAGAGCGCGGCGAAUUGAGUGUAGAAAUUUUGCGAUAGACGAAGGGCGACAAAGCGACAGGCACGCCCACUUGCCGGAGUGUCCAAAAGGAGACAAUAAUUUUCGGUAUAAAUUGUUAUGGAGGGGUCAAUUUCAAAGUAAUUUAUUAAUGAAAACGGGUGCAAAUGGCGGUUUGCGUGGUCCACAAACCGCAGCGCUUGCACUCCUCAAUGUUGGUGCACGCCACGGUCACACGAUGCGUGGUAAGCCGCCCGGUGUAGCACGCAGUUUGGAGCAGCGAUUGCGGGACGAGAACGUCACAGAUCCCGAGGUGGUAGCCCGCAUCAAUAUUGGUUUUCCACAGCUGAAGCCAUCGCGUUCAGCUCAACUGAAAGAACGCCUCGAACACCUGAAGGCACAGCGUAGCAGCAAGGAACUGGAGCAGCUGGCACGCAGCAACAAGCUGGUCAUCGACUUGGAGAAGGUUCAGCAGGCGUAUGUGAAAACUACCGGGCAACAUGAUCUGCGGCUGCUAGCGGAUCAUUAUGGCAUCUUCGAGCAUCUGUUUGGCAGCGCCUACUUUGUGCCACGCGUGCCCCUGACCAUACGCUAUGAGCUCGAUGCAAACAACCUUAGUCCCGUCUACAAUGGCAAUGUCAUCAAGCCCUCGGAGGCACUCAAGGCGCCAUUAGUUGACUUCGAUGGCCAGCUGGAUCCUAUAACAGGCAAGACGACGACACAGGGUGACAGCUACUGGACGUUGUUACUUACAAAUCCCGAUGCUCAUUAUACCAACGGCGAGGCCGAGUGUCUGCAUUGGUUCAUCUCCAAUAUACCAAAUGGCAAACUUAACGAGGGCGAAGUCUUGGCUGACUAUUUGCCACCAUUCCCUCCCAAAGGCGUAGGCUAUCAGCGUCUCGUCUUUGUGCUUUAUAAGCAAACCGCUCGCUUGGACUUGAGCGCACACAAACUGGAUGCCAAGGAUCAUGUGAAUCUGGAGAAGCGCAGCUUUAGCACGCUGCAAUUCUAUCGCCAGCAUCAGGAUGAGCUGACACCAGCGGGUCUUGCCUUCUACCAGUCCAACUGGGAUGAAUCCGUGACGUCUUUGUACCACAAUGUACUGCAGCUGAAGGAGCCGGUGUUUGAGUACGAUUUCCCCAAAGCAUAUUUGGCAGAUCAAAAGUUCUUCCCACUAAAGCAGGCCUUCAAUCUGUACAUGGACAAGCAUCGCGACCCCAAGCAACUGAAUAAGGAGUAUCUGCAGCGCAAGCUGGCGCAAACGCAUCCCUUCGAUGGUCCGGAGCCGGCGCUGCGUUUCCCCAAUGCGCAUCCCAUACGCGAUGUUCCCUCGUGGCUGCGCACCGAGAUACGCAAACGUCGACUGGGCAUUGGACGUGUGCAGGACUAUUAA